CGAGAACGCGUCCACUUUCUUUCCAGUUAUCAAAAAAUGGGCACUGCUCUAAAGGAGAACGUACUUCGUCGAUCUCGUAGACAGCCAGCCAGCCAGCAAAAGGCUACCACCGAAAAAAAUGUCGAAAAAUCGACACCAACUUCGGAUAAUGAGUCUGAAUCCGAGGUGGAUGAGUUGAUGGAUACGGACAACAGCAGUAGUAGCGACAGUGAAGGAGGCGUGCGUGCCGGCAACGUCAGAACCACAAUAGAAAACAAACAGCGAAAAAAGCGAUUGGCUAAAACUACUCUUCCUGAGUCGCCUUCUGACGGUUUUCAAGAAUUGGACGAGGAGGACGAUAUCCAUUCUCUUUACGGUCAAUUACUAGCUCAUAAUUUGACGCUGGACAAUGUUAUUGAGGAAUGGAUUGAAAAGUACAAGGGUCCUGAAAAAAUGGAUGCUGUACACGACCUGAUCAAUUUUAUCACUCGCAGCUGUGGAACCAAAGAAAAGGUGGAUCCGAAAGCCAUUGAGGAUGAUGACUAUAUCGUGGAAGCUUUGCAGAACUUGGAGAAGAAGAUUGCCUCUGAUCGUUACACGGAAUAUCCCAUUGCCUCCAAGUUACGUGUAUUCAAGACACUGAAAACCGACUUGAUCGCUUUUUGGAAGAAGUUAAUUGAAGAAUGUCAAUACGACAUCAUUUAUGAUGGGCUACUGAUCGAGACUCUUCAGGCAUGGCUUGCGACAAUGUCAAGCUCCACGUUCCGCCCGUUCCGUCAUACAGCGACAAUGAUUGCACUAAAUUUGAUAUCUGCCUUAUCCGCUGUUGCAAACAGAGCUGUUCAAGAGAAGAAGAUUGCGAACAGGCAAUUAGGAGCUGAACGACGUAAAACUAGCAAUGGUAACGCUACCGAAAGACUGAAAAUGUUGCAAGAAAAAAGCAAGACUCUAGCAAAUAAGGAAGUCCGUCUAAAUGGCUACAUAAAGCAUUACUUUGAUUCAGUUUUUGUUCAUCGAUGUCGUGACGUGGAAGCAAUCAUCCGGACGGAAUGCAUUAAGCACCUCGGAGAAUGGAUGGAGCAAUAUCCUUCCUAUUUCCUAGAUAACAACUACCUACGUUACAUUGGCUGGUUAUUGAAUGACAAGUCAAGUAAUGUCCGUGCGGAAUCAAUCAAAGGCAUCAUUGCGCUGUACGAAAGAGAGGCCAAUGCAACGACAAUGGAGCCAUUCAUGCAGAGGUUCAAGACCAGAAUGAUGGAAAUGGCUCUCUAUGAAGUAGAUCAGCCAAUCCGCAUACAAGCUAUUCGAUUGUGCGUUUCUCUGGCCGAAAACAGCAUUUUGGAACCGAAUGAGUGUGCUGAACUAGGCACAUUGGUGUUCUCGGAUUUACCCAAAGUACGAAACGCUAUUACCCCACUUAUUCAUUUGACUCUCGAAAACAAUUAUGUCAAUCCCAAAUUGGAGGAAGCAAAAGCAAAAGCGGCAACACUGCCGCCAGCUAGAACAGCUGGUGGAAGAACACGCGGUGUAGCAUCGGAACCAGUGGUCGAUAAGAACGCCAUCGAGUUUAAAUGUUUGGCGACCAUUUUGCUAGAAUAUAGCAAGGCCAGUCAAGUGGUGAAAAAGCCCAAGAAUAACACAGAGGCUGACGAUUCAGAGUCUGUAGAUAAUGGCAUGGAACUGGACACACGAAGUGACCCCAUUCAACAAUCUAGCGAUAAAAUCAAUAUUGACCCCCUUUCGAAAGGUGUAUCCAAUGAUGAAGACAGCCGAAUCGCACAGGCUAUAACAUCUUUGGCUCCGGCUAUUCCAAUCCUUCGGGAGUGGAAAGCCUUGGUAGAUUUUUUACUGAAAGAUUAUUCAUCGGCAGCGUCAUCCGAACCUGAUGCCAUUAAUAACCUUCAGCAAUACUACCAGCUUACAGAUGACGAGGAAUAUGUGCUGAUUGAAGCUUUGAUUGCUGUGGUAACCUUAUGCGUUGAACCCUCAGCUGAGCGAAGAUCCAAAUCCAAGAAGAAGACAACGGCUGAUGAAGAAACAAAAAACAAUGUCUCUCGGUACAUUGCACAAAUGCUGACACGCUUGAUGUCAAAAUAUGCUGCUGAUGCCAAUAUAAUUGCAAAGAUUUUGAUAUUACCGCAGCUCAUUAGCUUAUCAGCAUACACCGACCUUCGAAUGCCCAAAGCAUAUGAGCAAUUGUUGGAGGACGUCAAGAAAAUGUUUGUUCGACACACUACAUCACAAGUUCACCUAAACGCGGCCUUGGCAAUAAAGCGCUUAACAUCGUUUGAGAGCAUGGCAUCAGCCACAGAAGCGAGCCUGAACGAAUUCCGGGAUGAGCUGGCCAUUCUGUUCAAACGAACUUUUGCUGAAAAGGAUUUGCAAGCUACAAAGUUUUCGGAAAAUGAUAUCCACACAUUUACCAUUGCGCUUUCCCGAUACCAGCGAAUCAUUGAGGUCAUGGACAUCACUGACAUGUUUGAAGAGAACUUUUCAAAGGAUACGUUGAAUAUUCAAGUUGUCCUUUUGCUUUUGGAACGAGGAAAACUAGGACAUCCCGAAGAAACAGUGAUGGUGGUGUCCGCAGCGACCAUCUUGUUCCAGUAUUUGGCAUGGAAGAGCUAUCAAGUGCUUGCUGACACAUCAAGCGUUCCCUUAUCUAGACUUAUCGCUAUUCGAAAUGAUGUUAUCCACACUUUGACCGAUCUUGCACUGAACAAUGAAUUAUCUCAGGCAGUGGACAGUAUUAGGCGCUUGUCUUUCCAAAUGUUUGUUGACCUCCACUGGCUGUUCUCGAAUGAACAAUUCAAAAUCAUACGCAGCGCCGAUGGCUCCUCUCUAAUGCUGAGAUCCGCGCCAAACGUGCAGGUCUCUGCAUCACAAUAUGUUGAGCAAGAGUUGGAUAGGUGGGGGCAGAAUUAUAGCACACAAGAUAACGAAGACGAUAGCGACGAUGACGAAACAAGAGAGAAUAAUGAACAAUCAUCCUCUCCACUCUCGGAUCCCAAAAAACAAUAUGAACUAUUGACUCCAGUAGCUGCCUUUGCUAAAGCCAUUUUGCUGGGAAUAUUCGACACACACCUUGCCGUGAAGGUCAUUAAGCGAUAUCGAAGCUUGGGCCCUGAGCUUGACGAAGCGAUCAAGGCUAUGAUUUUUUCCAUCAAGGACAACUUGAACACUGUUCCUGACUCCAAGGUAGCACAAGACACUCUAUCAAUGUACUUUGAUGCUUUGAAAGAGCCACAGCUUGACAAACCUCUCCAACUAGCAAGACUCUUGGCGGGCUCUAUAAAGGCAGCCGACAGUGAUCCUUUCCAUAAAACGUCACCAGACCACUUGACCGACAAAAUCCACAUUGCUGGCGUCACGUACUGUCUCUCAAAAGCUGGAGGAUACAGCAAGAUCAAUGACCAGGAAUCCAAAGCGACUUGCCUCAAGUUUUUCAAGCUUCUUACUGUGUUUUCACCACUGUUAACAAGGGCAAGAGAUGUCGCCAAGAUUCGUAGACAGAUUGACUCAUUGAUGGAGGAACAUGGGUUAACUGUGGAAGCAGAUGGAAAGGAGUGGGAUACUUACACUGCAUAUCUUUCCAGCAUCGACACAGUACUUCAAAAGAAAGGCCUUCGUUAUGAUUCAAGCAACAAGGUGAAUACUGGUAGUAAUCAACGUCAUCUUAUCGAUGUGGACCAAAACCUGCCAGAGGAAAUUGAGAGGUUGCAACCACAGGUAGUCGAUGUAGAUGACGGAAGCGGUGAAGAUAGCGACGACGAGCGUCUCCAACGAAAGAGUAAAGCAAGCAAACUAUCCCAACGAGGAACCAAGCGGAAGGCAGACACUAGCAGUAAACAGGAUGCCAAGCAGAUUCGUUUGUCCAGGAUGGUGGAGAAAUAAAUUCGUUGGCAAUAGUAACAUAGUAUACCAAAAUAACUAUCCAACUGAAAAUAAAAAUUAUGGAUGGAAGAAGGCAUUUUUAUGACGUUAAAUGAAGGUUACGUAGAGUAACCUUGGGCUCAGAAUCUCACAGAACAUUGUAUGUAUUCUAUUCGGAAGCGCGAACGGCUGCGCACGAAAUGAAUAAAUUAAUGG